GCAGCAGCUCAUCUGGCUGUCUUUCCCUUUGCAUCAGCAGCCAUUACAGCUGACACAUAAAACUUUUUUUUUGCGUUUUCAAGCUGCAAGUGUUUUUUUUUUUGUGUGUGUGUGUUGUUUUUACCUCUCCGUUACAGAGUGGAGGCAUUCCUUGCGUGACAGUGGGUGUCCGAUUACCAACCGUGUGCCGCGCGGCUGGGACCCGUCAAGGAGCGCUCCCUGCAGAGACAGAGGACGUUUUUAUUCUUAUUUCUAACGUGAUCGACACUCUUAAAGACACACAAGCUCUAAGGAUACUUCAUCUCCAGCCUGCCUGUAUUCUAUGUUACCUCACCACUCUUCUCUCCGGGACAAGACACGCAGCUCAGCUCAAUACUAGAUGAACGGGAGUUGGACACUUUACUCGGUGUUUCCUAUGGUCUUGGUCUCUGAGGCCUGAGGAGAAACAAGCCAAGCCCAGGCCCCCAUGGGACGCCAUUUUACCCAGCAUGCACUGCUGCUGCUGCAGUGCAUGUUGGUCCUACAUCUUUGCAGUGUGGCCAGUAGGAGAGGACCGGUGCUACUACCUGAAUCUCCCUGCCACAAGACAGAGCACCCCCUGAUCCCACAUUCAGAGAUGGAGCCAUGGAUCUUCAGGUUCAAAGCAGAGGGCACGGUGGAUUAUUCACAACUGACCUUUGACCCUGGCCAGAAUGAAUUGAUUGUCGGUGCCAGAAAUCACCUCUUCAGGCUUAACCUUGAAGACUUGACAUUAAUCCAGGAGGCUGAAUGGCACUGUGAUGAGUUCACCAAGGGAGCCUGCUUCAGCCGUGGAAAAUCCGAGGAGGAGUGCCAGAACUACAUUAGGGUACUACUGGUUAAUGGGAACAGACUGUUUACGUGUGGAACCAAUGCAUUUACCCCCAUCUGCACCAACCGUACGCUGACUAACCUAACAGAGAUCCAUGAUCAGAUCAGCGGAAUGGCCCGAUGUCCCUACAACCCUCUGCAUAACUCCACCGCCCUAAUCACGUCUAGUGGGGAGCUCUAUGCCGCUACCGCUAUGGACUUUUCUGGCCGAGACCCGGCCAUCUACCGCAGCCUUGGCGGACUGCCGCCCUUACGCACCGCACAGUACAACUCAAAAUGGCUUAAUGAGCCAAAUUUCGUCUCCUCUUAUGACAUCGGCAACUUCACUUACUUCUUCUUCCGAGAAAAUGCAGUGGAGCAUGACUGUGGAAGGACUGUGUUUUCCCGAGCCGGCCGCGUCUGCAAAAAUGACAUUGGUGGACGCUUCCUACUGGAAGACACGUGGACCACCUUUAUGAAAGCCAGGCUGAACUGCUCCAGACCCGGAGAAAUCCCCUUCAAUUACAACGAGCUGCAGGGGACCUUCUACCUGCCAGAGCUUGAGCUGCUCUAUGGGAUUUUUACAACUAAUGUAAACAGCAUUGCUGCAUCUGCAGUGUGUGCCUUCAAUCUCAGUGCCAUAUCCCAAGUUUUUAAUGGACCCUUCAAGUACCAGGAAAGUUCACGAUCAGCUUGGCUGCCCUACCCAAACCCCAACCCAAACUUUCAGUGCGGCACCAUCAACUCUGGCUCUUAUGUGAACCUAACUCAACGAAACCUGCAGGACGCACAGAAGUUUCUACUGAUGCACGAGGUGGUCCAGCCUGUGGUUCCUGUUCCUUAUUUCAUGGAAGACAAUGUCCGCUUCAGUCAUAUUGCAGUUGAUGUGGUGCAAGGGAAAGACACACUUUUCCACAUCAUUUAUUUGGCCACUGAUUAUGGCACUAUCAGAAAAGUGCUGUCUCCUCUCAACCAGUCCACAGGGAGCUGCCUAUUGGAAGAGAUCGAGUUGUUCCCGCCCAGGAAGAGGCAGCCGAUACGGAGCUUGCUGAUCCUGCACAGCCGCAGCGAGCUUUACGUGGGCUUUAGGGACCAGGUCAUCAAGAUCCCUCUGAAGAGGUGUAGCUACCACAAGAGCAGAGAAGCAUGUGUAGGAGCCAGGGACCCAUACUGUGGAUGGGAUUUGUUGCUGAAAAAAUGCACCACUCUGGAAAAAAGUGUCAGAAUGAGCCAGUGGGAGCAGAGCAUCACAAAAUGUCCGGUCCGUAAUGUCACGGUCGAUGGAGGUUUUGGUGCUUGGUCAGGCUGGUCCGCCUGCACCCACAACGAUGGAGGCAGCGCAGGGGCUUGUCUUUGUCGAACACGAGCCUGCGAUAACCCCGCCCCUCAAUGUGGUGGCCAGAAGUGCUAUGGGAUCAGUGUUGAAGUUGCCAACUGCUCCAGAAAUGGAGCUUGGACUCCCUGGACCUCCUGGUCGCCUUGCAGCACCAGCUGUGGCAUAGGCUUCCAGGUGCGUCAACGCUCGUGCAGUAACCCAACCCCUCGCCAUGGCGGUAGAGUGUGUGUAGGACAGAACCGUGAGGAGAGGUACUGUAAUGAACACCUGCCCUGCCCUCCUCAUGUGUACUGGUCGGCCUGGUCGUCUUGGGAACGUUGUAAUGUGCCCUGUGGCGGAGGCAUCCAAUCACGACGUAGAACCUGUGAGAAUGGCGAUGACUGUCCAGGGUGUGGUCAGGAGUACCAAUCUUGCAACACUCUGCCGUGUCCAGACCUAAAAAAGACGACACCCUGGACUCCGUGGACCCCGGUCAAUAUUUCUGACAAUGGAGGCCACUAUGAGCAGCGUUUCCGCUACACCUGCAAAGCGCGGAUCCCCGACCCAAGUCUCCUGGAAGUAGGAAGACAGAGGAUUGAAAUGCGCUAUUGCUCCAGCGAUGGGUCCACUGGCUGCUCCACUGACGGUGAAGUACUUCGCCUGGGGAGAAUCUCUGGCCACAUCGUGAAUGGUGGCUGGUCAUCUUGGAGUUCUUGGUCUCAGUGUAGCAGAGACUGCAGUCGGGGAAUUCGGAGCCGAAAGAGGACCUGCAGCAGCCCAGAGCCACGUUAUGGGGGUCAGACCUGCCUGGGCCCUGCACAGGAGUUCCAGGAGUGUAACGUCACUCCCUGUCCAGUGGAUGGCAGUUGGUCCUGCUGGUCAUCAUGGUCUAAGUGCUCUGUGACCUGUGGAGGAGGACACUACAUGAGGACCAGAACCUGCAAUAACCCUCCCCCAGCGUACGGAGGAGACAUCUGCCUGGGACUCCAUACAGAGGAAGCACUAUGCAACACACAGGCUUGUCCAGAGAGCUGGUCCAGCUGGUCUGAGUGGUCCCACUGUGACUCCAGCGGCGCCCAGCUGCGAGUGCGUCACUGCAAUGUCCUUUUCCCCACUGGUAACCAGUGCUCAGGAAACAGCAGCGAGACGAGGCCCUGCUCUCCUGACUCCAACUUUAUACCAGAAGUCUCCAUUGCACGGUCCAGUCAGGAGGAGAGGCACUGCGGAGAUUUCAACCUAUUCCACAUGAUCGCUGUGGGCCUCAGCAGCUCGAUCCUUGGCUGCCUGGUCACCCUGCUCGUCUACUCCUACUGCCAGCAUUACCAGCAGCAGUCUCAUGAUGCCACCGUCAUCCACCCCAUCUCUGCCGCACCGCUCAAUACCAGCAUCACCAACCACAUCAACAAGCUGGACAAAUAUGACACGGUGGAAGCCAUUAAGGGUUUCAACAAAAAUAAUCUGAUUCUGGAGGAAAGGAAUAAGUACUUCAACCCACAGCUUGCCGGGAAGACAUAUACCAAUGCAUACUUCUCUGAUCUCAACACCUAUGAUGACUAUUAACCCCAGACUUUUCUAGUGGAGAUCAUUACCCUGUUGUCAAUUAUGACUGUUUCAACACUCCUCGUGCUUUGCAUCAGAUCUGUAAAAGAUUAUGUAUGUGGUUCAGUCCCACUAUGAAACUCGAUGGCAGCUGGUAUGUAAUGAAAACACACUCUGGUUUUGCCCACUAAAGGAAAUGCCUACUUUCUCUCUGGUGCCUUGGGGUACAUUUGGAAAAUUUGGACUCACAAAAGAGAAAUAAACAACUGGAUCUCCGUUGCUGCAGACACUUUGGGGAGUGUCAUCCCAUCUAAGGUUUUUUUGUUUUUUUUCUGAUGCCCCCUAAGACAGCCCUGUAUGUGUAAUGAUGGAAGAGGACUACAAAUUGCUUUGCAUGACUUCAUCUGAUGUGUUUGCUUUGUUGUUCCGCUGCAAUUUGCAUGAUGGAUCACAUUCCAGGGUUCCAGAGACAGUUUUUUUAUGCUGCUCUUGUUUAUGGGAUUAGCUUCAGAAGUCUUAAAGCAAGUCUUCUGUUGGAAUGACCAAUGGUUUCUAACAUUUGCUACAACAGCAAUGUUCAAUCUGACAGUUGGAUCAGUGUCCAGCUCCAGUCGUAGAAUCAGGAUGUAGAUAUUUGAUGUCUGUGAACAUAGUUUAUCCUAUUGUUUUACUUUGUUCUGUUGUUUUUCCAGCAGCUAAAAAAGCAAGCUAUCAGUGUAAAAAAAAAA